AUGGGUUGCAGUUCAAGACGUGUAAAGGUGGAUGAUUUGCGUCCUGAGCAGAAAUGGGAUUUCAUCAGUCUGAACGAUUUUAAAUCGACAUCCUGUCUUACCCCUUUCGCAUAUGGAUAUCUUUGGAUCUCUUUGGGCAUAUCUACUGCCGUCUAUGGUGUGGAUACUUUCACUGCUGUGAACCUUUUAGCCUUCAAUCGUUGGUCUGGUGAGAUUCAACCUAAAAUUCCUAUCCAUGUCUCGAAAUGGAUCUUCUCUGGAUGUAUCAUUGCUUCUUGGAUCAAUCUCGGAUUCGAACAUUUACGAGCAUGGAGAGUGAUGCGACGAGGAGCUGUUGCGGAAAGUUACUUGGACAAUCUUGCCGUUCGACUCGAAAGUGUGAAAAUGGGAAAAGAGGGUCGAGGUUGGAGAAGAUUCAUGGUUUUUGCGGAAUUGACCAAAUCUAAGAAAGGGACCGAAUAUGUUGCACUGUUUACAUAUUUCGCUUUCCAAUCUUGGAUUCGAGUCGUUUUUUGUCAAGGGCCUCGUCAAGUCAUUAACGCGUUGACUUUAUACUCGGUCUUUGUCGCCAAGCUUGACCCUACCGACUCUAACGAUGUUGGUGAUGCUCUAUUAACUUUUUUCAAGAAGGUUGGAUUUCUUGCAGAGCAGGAACAUCAACAAGCAGUCAUCUUGUCUGGUAUGAUCUUCACACUGGUUAUUUGGAUAUUUUCCGCAUUGAGUCUUAUACUCGCCAUUUUAUUCUAUCUACUGUUCUUAUGGCAUUAUAUCCCAAACCAAGAUGGUGGACUUACAGGGUAUUGUGAACGAAAGAUUAAUGGUCGUUUGACAAAGAUCGUGAGUGUCAAGGUCAAUAAAGCUAUCGAAGAAGAGGAGAGGAAAAGAACCAAGGCAGAACAAAAAGCGGUAAAGAAUGGGGAAAAAGUUAGUGGACGUCAAGCAACUCUUCCAACAUUUUUCGACUCAAAGGGAGACGAUAAACUUCCGGAUAUGCCUACGCUCAAUAGGGCGGACACGACGACAACACUACCACAAUAUACAUCUCGACCAGGUACACCAAGUAGUAAUUUUCCACCCACCGCUAGUUUCGAGUUGGAGAAGUUGGAUCAGAAACGACCAUUACCUGGAAGAUCUGCUACUGGAUUAAGUUAUGCUUCAGAUGCUCCUCUCGUGAAUAAUGCAAGCGAUAUGGGGAGAUUACCGGAUCUACCACCACUCGAUACCGACAUUCCAUUCCCUAGUCCACAAAGAUCGAAUACUGCAGGAUCACAAGGUAGUCAAUGGCAACGUGGUCCACCACAAGGUCCUCCUCAAGGUCCACCAAGAAUGCCAUCUGCAACCGGCGACCGUGGCUUUACAGCAAGUCCAUUUUCUUAUGCUGAUGGACGAAAUGCUUCUGGAUUUCCGGGAUCACAAAGACAAAAUACUAUGGAUUCUUAUGGACGACCAAUUCCAAGAUCACACACACCCAUGGGCCCUGGUCCAGCUCCAUCGAUAGGAAGACGUACACCAUUUGAUCCUGCAAUGCAAAACCCUCAAAAUCGUAUGAUUUCGCCAGGAUCAGAAUAUGGAUCAGAAUACGGAAGACAGACGCCGUUUAAUCCAGCUCUUCAAAAUCAAGGUCGUUCAUCACCGGCACCAGGGUUAGAAUUUGGAGGACCAAGACCACCAUACAAUGUUUACAAUGAUCAAGGAAGAUCAUCUCCUGCUCCUGGAUCUGAGUUUGGUAGACCAAUGGUACCGUUAAAUUAUAACGAACAAGCACGAUCAUCACCAGGUCCUGGAUCCGAGUUCGGUCGUAGAACACCAUUUGAUCCAGCUUUACAAAACAAUGGACGUUCUUCACCUGCUCCAUCGAAUAUCGGUCAAGGAUAUGGUCAAAAUACUAGAAAUCCACCUUCCGGAAUUUCCGGUGGAUACAAGCAAUUCAAUCCUAAUUCAACAAGCCAAACUCCAGUCGAGCAAGAACACGCUGGUUUUAAUUUUGGUAGCCAUACAACUAGUCCACCUCAAGUUAGGAAUUUCACAGAACCAAUUCCUAGAGCGGCGACUGCGGGUCCAAGUCAAAUGAGAUCAAAUGGUGGGAGAAAUGAAGAUUAUGGGGAUGAGGAGUUCGGUAUUCAAGCUCCUAGGAGAGCGGCUACGGCUACGGAAGUUGGGGGUUUUGGUGUUGGUGGGAGAAGUCAAGAUGAUCAGGGUCAUCAAAGAAAUGGCUCGGGAUUGGGAGAGGGAGCGGGAGCGGGUUCUGGAUCUGGAGGAGGAUCUUUGCCUUGGGGUGGAUAUAGAUGA